UUUACUCAGUUUGGAGCGGCGUCGAAAAGCGAGCGGUUGAUUGUUAGCCAGCAGCAGCAGCAGCUAAGGAGCGGUACCAAUAUAGAAUAUUAGAUUUUGUGUGUGCGUCGCAUAUCGUAUAUAAGUCAUGUAUCACCUGAAGAGUUUGGCCCGACAGGGAGCCAUGCGUCAGCAUGAGCUGACCGCCUUGGCGAAGGCAUUGCCCACUGCUGUGCUUCAGACGCGCAACUACCAAAUUCCCGAUCGUCUAAAGGACGUGCCAACUGCGAAGGAUCCCCGUUUCUUUGACAUGGUUGAGUACUUCUUCCAUCGCGGUUGCCAAAUAUCAGAGGAUCGUCUGAUCGACGACAUGAAGGGCAAGCUGUCGCUGGAUGAGAAAAAGCAGAAGGUGAAGGGUAUUCUCAUGCUUAUGCAACCCUGCGAUCACAUCAUCGAGAUUGCAUUCCCACUGCGUCGCGAUGCGGGCAACUACGAGAUGAUUACCGGCUAUCGUGCACAGCACAGCACACACAGGAUUCCCACGAAAGGAGGCAUUCGAUUCUCGUUGGAUGUGUCACGCGAUGAGGUCAAAGCCCUGUCCGCGCUGAUGACCUUCAAGUGUGCCUGCGUCGAUGUGCCUUUCGGCGGCGCCAAGGCCGGCCUGAAGAUCAACCCCAAGGAGUACUCCGAGCAUGAGCUGGAGAAGAUCACGCGUCGCUUCACCCUUGAGCUGGCCAAGAAGGGCUUCAUUGGCCCCGGCGUCGAUGUGCCCGCCCCCGAUAUGGGCACUGGCGAGCGUGAGAUGUCCUGGAUUGCCGAUACCUAUGCCAAGACCAUCGGCCACUUGGACAUCAAUGCCCAUGCCUGUGUCACUGGCAAGCCCAUCAACCAGGGCGGCAUUCACGGACGCGUCUCGGCCACCGGUCGCGGCGUCUUCCACGGCCUGGAGAACUUCAUCAACGAGGCCAACUACAUGAGCAUGAUUGGCACCACGCCCGGCUGGGGCGGCAAGACCUUCAUUGUGCAGGGCUUCGGUAACGUGGGCCUGCACACCACCCGCUAUCUGACCCGCGCUGGCGCCACCUGCAUCGGUGUGAUUGAGCACGACGGCACACUCUAUAACCCAGAAGGCAUUGAUCCCAAGCUGCUGGAGGACUACAAGAACGAACACGGCACCGUUGUCGGCUAUCCCAAUGCCAAGCCGUACGAGGGCGAGAACCUGAUGUACGAGCAGUGCGACAUCUUCAUUCCAGCGGCCGUCGAGAAGGUCAUCAACAGCGAGAAUGCGGGCAGACUUCAAUGCAAAAUCAUUGCCGAAGCUGCCAACGGACCCACCACACCCGCUGCCGACAAAAUACUCAUCGAUCGCAACAUUUUGGUCAUCCCCGAUCUGUACAUCAAUGCCGGCGGUGUCACCGUCUCCUUCUUCGAAUGGCUCAAGAACCUGAACCAUGUCUCAUACGGUCGCCUGACCUUCAAAUAUGAGCGCGAAUCCAACUACCAUCUGCUCGACUCAGUCCAACAGUCAAUUGAAAGAAUUAUUAACGACGAAUCCGUACAAGAGUCCCUGGAGCGUCGCUUUGGCCGUGUCGGCGGUCGCAUUCCCGUGACGCCCUCCGAGUCGUUCCAGAAGCGCAUCUCUGGCGCCUCCGAGAAGGAUAUUGUGCACUCUGGCCUGGACUAUACCAUGGAGCGCUCUGCACGUGCCAUCAUGAAGACGGCCAUGAAAUACAAUCUGGGUCUGGACCUGAGAACCGCUGCCUAUGUCAACUCCAUUGAGAAGAUCUUCACCACAUACCGUGACGCCGGCCUGGCCUUCUAAGCUUCGCAGCUAAAACUUAACUAGUUUAUUAAUCAACCGAACUCAACAAGCCAGAAACCAUUAAGCAUAUGGCAUCGCAUCAGCGCACCUCCGUUUUUAGAAAAUGUCACAAAUGCAAAUUAAUUUAUAUAGAUCGACAAAGGACUAGCUGAAGCUGAAUUUGUUCAAUUUUUUAACUUCAUAUUAUGUUUUACAUUAAGCUAAACAAAAAACAAAAUGAAAA